AUGAGCUCUGAUGCCAAUGAUCACCAUGGUGGUGUUGCUCUUAGUACGCGCCGAGUCGCGGCGGAGAAGGCUGCAGAACGACCCGCCGCAAACCUCGGCUCGGGGCAGCAACGCGCGAAGGGCCUGCGCCUCACGCGAGAGGAUUAUCUAUCACUGGCCGCAGCGCGGCGACGCGGGAGUCAUGCCGCUGCCCCCGGCGCCACAUCCGCCAUUGCCACCGAGGCGGGAACGAGUACUACCUUCAGCCGCUCAGCCUCAAAUGGCGCUGCAAACUCCGUGGCUGCAGCCGCCACCGCCGCCGCCGUUUCUCGCCGAUUACAACCGCGCCGCCAUUCCCUCAAGGAGUUCCAUCCACCGAUGAUGUCGCUGCCCCUCUCCGCGUCGACGCCUGCCGCGUUUUCCGCCGUCGCCGAUGGCGCCGCGGCCGCAGACGAAGACACGCUGAUCAGCAGCUUCGGCAGCGCUACAGCGAGCCAUGGCUGCUUGCUGGACGAGUUACCCAACGAUGUUCUGGUCAAUAUCCUCGCCGCGCUGGGCUCUGCGCGACACGUGGCAGCGGCCGGCGCGGUCUGUCGUCGAUGGCGCCGCCUAGUGCCGUUUGUCCCCUCGCUCUCCUUCUCCCGCCUCUCACUCCCUGCUGCGAAAAUCGAAGAGGUGGUAUCGCUCGGUGCCGCCAGCAGCGCGCAUCCUCGCGAGUUCAUCGUCGAAGCGUGGGCCCGCCACGCUGGCACCUCCCUCCGCCACGUCACCAUCACGCAGCACAAGACCGUUACUGCCGCCGGAUACUCCGCCGGCGCGCCUUCCGCUGGGAGCGUGAACUCCGACGUUCCCAGCUGCACGGUCUACGCGGACGGUCCGGACCUGAGCUCCCAUCUGCAGCAUCUCGCGUCGCAUUGCCGCAACCUUUCCUCGAUGCGCCUCGGCUCUUUCACCCUCCCGCCCGAUUUCCUCCUCGGAAACUCCGUCUUUCCGCAACUGCGCACUCUUUCCGUCGAGUGGACCAACCUUGCCGGUUCCACGCUCCAAUCACUGCUCGACGCGUGUCCUAAUCUCCGCCGCCUCUCCAUCUUCAUGGCGGCCGGUCUCACCGCCACUGGUGCGCGGGCCGCAGCCGUGGCGGCGGGACAGCGCGCGGGGCUGUGCUUGCGCCUGCCCGCGCGAUUGGAGUCUAUCGAGCUCUCUUAUCUGCGCGUCUCCGCCGUCACGCUUAUCUGCAGCGAGUCUGUCUGUACCGCGGACAAGAGCGUCGUAAGGCAUGACGGUAGCAGCGGCGAUGGUGGCGGCGGAAGCGGCGGCCUCCGUGACGUGUCGAUUCGAGACAUGUUCCUCACCGCGCUCUCCCUCCCCAACGCGCGCGCGCUCGCGUCUCUCUCCGUCGCCACGGCCUCCGCGCUCCGCCUCUCCGCGCCCGCUUCCGCCGCCCUCGCGUCGCUCGAGGUCCGCGCUUGA